UUCUCUACCCCAACCACACCGUGACGUCACAGUGGAGCUCAGCCCGCCUCGCCUCGUCUCCGCCAUGUCCUCCACCAAUCAGCGCGCGCAGAGUUAUGGCGAAUGGAUCCAAUCAGGGCCGCAUCCGAGCGGCGGAGGGAUACGCGAAGCCAACGACGAUAUCAUUACCGAGCGCGGUAUGGAGAGGAAACGGUGGGAGUGCUCGGCCCUGCCGCAGGGGUGGAAGAAGGAGGAGGUGACCCGGAGGUCGGGCCUGUCCGCCGGCAAGAGCGAUGUCUAUUACUAUAGCCCGAGCGGCAAGAAAUUCCGCAGCAAGCCACAGCUGGCCCGUUAUCUUGGAAACUCUAUGGACCUCAGCACUUUUGACUUUCGCACUGGGAAGAUGCUGAUGAGCAAAAUCAACAAGAACCGCCAACGCAUGCGGUAUGAUGGGCUAAACCAAGCUAAGGGGAAACCCGAUCUAAACACAGCACUUCCUGUCAGACAAACUGCAUCCAUCUUUAAGCAGCCUGUAACCAAGGUGACCAACCAUCCCACUAACAAGGUUAAAAGUGACCCUCAAAAGGCAGUUGACCAACCACGUCAGCUCUUUUGGGAAAAGAAACUUAGCGGACUAAAUGCUUAUGACAUAGCCGAAGAAUUGGUGAAAACUAUGGAACUGCCAAAAGGAUUACAAGGUGUUGGGCCUGGAUGCACAGAUGAGACUCUACUCUCUGCAAUAGCCAGUGCAUUACACACAAGUACUAUGCCAAUUACUGGCCAGCUCUCUGCAGCUGUGGAGAAAAACCCUGGAGUUUGGCUCAACACCUCCCAGCCACUCUGCAAAGCCUUUAUGGUGACAGACGAGGACAUCAGAAAACAAGAAGAACUUGUGCAGCAAGUGAGGAAAAAACUGGAAGAAGCUCUUAUGGCGGACAUGCUUGCACAUGUAGAAGAAAUCUCCAAGGAUGGAGGUGCUCCAGUGGAUAAAGAUAUUGAAGAUGAGGAGGAUGAGGAAGAUAUAAAAGAAACUGAGACAGAGGAUGUAUAAGAUUGCUACUUUGUUACAGACCUUACUCCCAAAACACAAUGUUGAUACAAUACCAGGACCAGAGGUGACCACCUUCUCUUCAAUCCCGACCAAUUAAUUCUGGAUACAGGACAAUAAAAAUUAAUUGAGCCUUGAGUUGCUCGGCUUUUUGUUUUUUGUACAUUUGCUUUUCUCUUGAUAAAUUAGUUGGUUUACGACUUAAUUCGGAUUUCCCAAAAUCAAAUCUGAAUACUGUAUUGAACGUCGAAAGGUCAAAAGGAGCACAUUAUCAAAUGGCGCUCAAGGAAUAUGGAAGGAGCAACACAUACAGAAAACCAAAAAUGGAAGGAUUGGGAUGUGUUAACUGAAGUUAUUAUUAUAAAGGAGUUGCCUUGUUUUGGAAGGUUAUGUAUUGAAUAUCAUUUCAAGUGAUUUGUUCUUUUUGGAUGAAGCGGUCAUGAUUUGGAUCAUAUCUUAAAUGUAUUUAACUUAAUAUGAAAAAUGUUCCAUUACACAUAGAAGUGUAAUCUGAAAAUGCUCUGAUUGUGUUUAAUACAGGAGUGUACUAAAUUUGUAUUUAAAAUUAUGCUCCUGAACAACAAAUUGUUUUG